AUGCGUCGAGCAGAAGCGGCUUGGGCAAGGUCGGUUAAGCAACGGCACGAGAUGAUUGCAACAGAUUACGGAAGUGUUGACAAAAUGCCACUGCCUCCCGGCCGUGAGGAAGAACCCUAUUUGUCUCAUCCAUACACAAUCUGGGACUUCACCCCCGCAUCCUUUGCUGCGCCGUUCGAGAUGGAACGAGUAGGGCGCCUUGGCGACGGUGGCAAAUGGGUCUGUGGAAUGUCAUGCUAUAGCACCGCUAGCAAAGCACGACCCAUUAUUAUUUAUUCUCUUGGAGUUGGACAAGAGUCAAGCUUCGAAAACGAAAUGCUGUCUCGUACAAACUGCGAAAUAUGGGGAUUCGAUAUGUCUGUAGAUGACUGGGGGGACCAGCUGGAUGAAUCUAACCGUGGACGCGCUCAUUUCCUCAAAGCUGGAGCUGCUGGGCAAACCGACACUUCGAGUAAUCCUCCAUACUACUCUGUUCAAGAUGCCAUGAAGAAGAAUGGCCAUGACUAUGUGGACAUUUUAAAAAUGGAUAUUGAAACAUUCGAGUUUGAAGUCUUAGACAGCCUCAUCGGUAAUUUUUCGGCCGAAAAAGGACUUGAAGUGCCUAUAGGUCAGAUACUAGUCGAGAUACAUCUACAGCGUCCAAUGGAUGUUCAUACAUACUUGGAGUGGUUUGAGAGACUUGAAGCUCGAGGGCUAAGGCCUGUUUGGACAGAACCAAACCUCCUCGGUGUAACACUUGGAAUUUCGCACAAGGCUGGAGGCCCGAUUUUGUCGGAAUACACAUUUAUCAACAUCAAUGACAGCAGGAGUGCUAUUCUUGGUGGGCUUACGGCAAAAGAUAUUCAAGACUGA